UUUCCACUUGAAUCAACACUUCACAGCAACAAAUAGGAGCUCCUCCUACAAACAUGGCGGAGACAGGACCAAAACAAACUUCUUUGCAAGAUGAGUUAGCUGCUGCAGACCGAAGAUCUAAGUCAGGGUCAACAAAUUCUGAAUGGCCACAGCCUAUUCUAGCAUCUAUUUCAGCUGUCAAAUCUGUAAUUUCAACUCCAAAACCAGUGACUUUAAAAUUUAGACAACGAAGAGACCCAAAGACAAUAGAAAGAGCUAACCUAUUGAAUAUCUGCAAGCUUAUCAUCAAAGAAUUGAUAGAUUCUUCACUAUCACAUGGUCGUAUGUUAGACGAUGAUCACAUUCCAUUACAACAGUUCUUUGUGGUACUGGAACAUGUCCUUAGACAUGGGUUGAAACCAAAAAAAGGAAUUUUACGUGAUAGGAAGGAUUUCUGGUCUGUACUAGAGUCCAUAGAGAAACUAGUUCCUGAAGCAGGGGAAAUAACCACAAGUGUUCGUGAAAUGCCUCACAUAAAAACACCUUUAGGUAGAGCUAGAGCAUGGCUGAGACUUGCCUUGAUGCAGAAAACAUUAGCAGAUUACUUCAAAGUACUCAUAGAGAAGAAGGAUGAAGUUUUAAGUGACUUUUAUGAACCUGGUGCGAUGUUGAUUGAAGAUGAAGGUAUGGUAAUUCCUGGUCUGUUAGUAGGCUUGAAUGUAAUUGACUGUAACAUGUGUAUUAAAGAAGAGGACUUAGAUCAACCAAUAGGAGUGAUAGAUUUUAGUUUAUAUUUAAAAGACAGUAGGCUACAGGAUUCUUCACCAGACAAUGACAGGGAAAAGGAUUCCAAGAUGGCUACAAUACUUGAUCAAAAGAAUUACUUAGAAGAAUUGAAUAGACAUUUGAAUGCUACAGUAACAAAUUUACAACAAAAAAUGCAGGAAGCCAUGACAACAAAUGCUCUGAUGAAAGAAGACCUAGCAUUAUCUAAAAAUAACUUUCUAGCUAUUCAAGAAGAGAAUGAACAGUUGAAAAGUGAUAGGGAAAAUAUUACAGAGGAACAUACCAAACAAAUAGAGGCUGCCAAACAAGAUAUUGAAGUAGAACGUGAGACAUAUCAGACAUCACAUACUGGCCUUGACAGCAUGUAUGGAGAUUUAAAGUCUAAACUGGAGGAAGAAACCAAAAUGAGACUGGAUGUUGAAAAAGAAUUGGAACUGCAAAUAGGCAUGAAGCAAGAAAUGGAAAUGGCGCUGAGGAUUUUAGAGAAAGAUAUACAUGAAAAACAGGAUACCAUGAUCUCAUUACGGAAACAGCUAGAGGAAAUCAAAGCUAUUAACUUAGAAAUGUACCAAAAACUACAGAACUGUGAUCAGUCAUUAAAGCAUAAAACAGAACUGGUAACCAAGCUAGAAGAGAAAACUAAUCAACUAGUCCAAACCUUAAAAGAUAUGGAGAAAAGAUUAAAGCAAUGUGAAUCUGAUAAAUUAGCAGCAGAAGAAACAGCUAGGAAAUUAGGUCAAAUAAUUGCUGAAAAAGAUACAAAACGUACUGCAUUAGAGACAGAUUUAAGGAUAGAAAAAGAAUGGAGGGCCACCUUACAGAAAACAUUAGAACAAGAGAAAACGGCUUCAACAGAAAUCUUAACAGAACUUCAGCAAUUGAAACAUGUAGAAAAAGAUUACACAGAAUUACAGAAAGGUCACUUAAGUUUACAGAAAGCAUGUGAAGAACAAGAACGAGCAUUAGCAGAAUUAGGUUCACAUCUAAGCGAAUCCAAAUUACGUGUAGAAGACAUGAAAGAAGCACAGAUGGCCACAAAGGAUCUACAAUGGAAGGGAGAUAAAGAUGCUUCAUGUUGUAAAACAUGUGAGAAAGAAUUCUCAAUAUCUAGAAGGAAGCACCACUGUCGGAAUUGUGGAAAUAUUUUCUGUAAUGAGUGUUCAGACAAUAAAAUGCCACUUCCCUCUUCAGCCAAGCCAGUACGAGUCUGUGAUGACUGUCAAACAUUUCUGUUACAGAGAUACUCUGCUGCCACCCAGUGACCUUUGGAAAAUUAGAGGUCAUCAUGAUGUACACAAACACUGCUUCAAUUGGCUGUGUAUUCCAUUAUAUAUUCAGCUGAGACACAAUAGAAAGAGGUUUAAAAAAAGAACAUGACAAACAAAGCAAGAAAUUAACUGCCAAUUUAUUUUUUAAUUUCAUUGUUUUAAAAAUAUGUUUAAUGAUUCAACACUGUUAUUUCAUAUAGAAUUUACAUUGAGUAAUGUCAGCUUUAAGCUGUCUUGUUGCAAAGGGCAAUUGUGCAACAGUUUUUUUUUUUCUAAUCUUUUUUAUGAAUAACAGCAGACAAACUUACAUCUUGUUGAAGUGCAAUACAGUGGGUGAAAGUUGAAAUCCAGAUACUUUGAUCAAUAUUUUAUAUAACCGGUAACCUUCAAAUGACAUUGUAGAAAUUUUUUUUUCUUUUCAAAUCAAAGGUACACUUCCAUCAAUAUGGUUUAAGAGCAUAAAGGGUAUAUUACACUGUAUAUUAGGGCAUAAAUUAAAAGGGCUAAAAAUUUGAUUCAAAGGCUUGUAAAAAGCUUUAAAAAUGCUGGAAUUCAAACCAUUUCCAUAUUUCACAUGUUCAAGUUUUAUUGUAAUUCCAGUAUCCAGAUAAUCAUUUCUGAUGUGUAUUAUACCACUACUCACAGAUUUGAUGGUUUACUGCAUUCUGUCUGUUUGUGAUUCCAAAAUUAUUGUUUCAUAUUACUCCUCUUCUGGUCUUGAAUUUUAUAAUUCUGAGUUGUUUUGUGUUCACAAUUUUCAGUUUUAUGAUACUUUAAAUUUUAACUAUACCCACUGAUGAUAGAAUUUUUGUAACACAUUACCCAGCUGCUUUGCAAAUUUGAACUUAACAUUAAUUUUGUCCUUGCAUUUUUCACACAUCAGUAUGUCACAAUUUAAACAUUUCCAUUUAAUUUAGUAUUGCUUAAAUUAUUUGAUAUUUAGCCAGAUGAGUUAAGGUGUGUUAAUGGUUCACAGAUCUGCCAGGUAUUUACUUUCUAUUUGAUGAUACAUACAAUUUUUUGUCAAUGUCUAUUAAUAUGUGAGGGUAUAAAUAACCCUUUAUGGCUAGCAAAUCCUGUUUUGUUGUACACACAGGAAUGGACAUAGUUAUUAAGCAACUUAAAUAUUCUAAAUUAUUUCUGUUAGGUUUUUUUUAUCUUUUGUGUAUUACAUCAAUAAUUUAAGUUCAAUAUGCAUUCUAAUUAAAUGUUUUCCCUCUUAAAUCAAGUACUUAAAACAGGUCAACAAAAUAUUCAAGUGUUAAAGCGAUCAAUUUUAUUCUUAAUUAAUACCAAGUUGUUUUUACUUUGAUUAUUUAAAUCUUUGAAUUUUGAAUGAUAAAGUAAAAAGGUUGUCACAAUCCAGUAUAUAAACAGAAGCUGUAAAUUUUCAUUGUUGUGAACAUGCAUAAAAUAUUUGCCUCUGGAUGUUAAGCAACCAACAAUCAAUCAAUGUAAAUGUUCAUACUCAUACCCAUAAUUAUCUAAUGUGAACAUGAACAUUAAUAUUUUUUAAUCAAAAUACAAUAGUAGAGACUUCACUUUAAUACAUUAGUCAGGUGUAUAUUUUGGAGUCCUAUAACUAUAUAUUCAGCAUGCACAGGGAUUUUAUUAAGAUCUCUUUUAGUGCUGAUAUAUCAAUUGUUAAUGUUUGUUAAUAUUAGGGGUAUUUUUGUCGAGCCUUCGACUUUUGUCGAAAAAGCGAGACAUAGCGAUCCUACAUUCCGUCGUCGGCGGCGGCGGCGUCCACAAAUAUUCACUCUGUGGUUAAAGUUUUUGAAAUUUUAAUAACUUUCUUAAACUAUCCUGGAUUUCUACCAAACUUGGACAGAAGCUUGUUUAUGAUCAUAUGAUAAUAUUCAAAAGUAAAUUUUGUAAAAAAAAAAAUCCAUUUUUUCCUUAUUUUACUUAUAAAUGGACUUAGUUUUUCUGCCAGGAAACAUUACAUUCACUCUGUGGUUAAAGUUUUUGAAAUGUUAAUAACUUUCUUAAACUAUCCUGGAUUUCUACCAAACUUGGAAAGAAGCUUGUUUAUGAUCAUAAGAUAGUAUCCAGAAGUAAAUUUUGUAAAAAAAAUUUCCAUUUUUUCCGUAUUUUACUUAUAAAUGGACUUAGUUUUUCUGCCAGUUAACAUUACAUUCACUCUGUGGUUAAAGUUUUUAAAAUUUUAACAACUUUCUUAAACUAUCCUGGAUUUGUACCAAACUUGGACAGAAGCUUGUUUAUGAUCAUAAGAUAGUAUCCAGAAUAAAAUUUGUAAAAAAAAUCCAGUUUAUCCGUAUUCAACUUAUAAAUGGACUUAGUUUUUCUGCCAGUUUACAUUACAUUCACUCUGUGGUUAAAGUUUUUUUGAAAUUUUAACAACUUUCUUAAACUAUCCUGGAUUUGUACCAAACUUGGACAGAAGCUUGUUUAUGAUUGAAAGCUAAUAUCUAGAAGGAAAUUUUGUUAAAAGUUUGUUCCAUUUUUUCCGUAUUUUACUUAUAAAUGGACUUAGUUUUUCUUCCAGUUAACAUUACAUACAGUCUGCAGUUUAUUAGAUUCAUAAACUAUCCUGGAUUUUUACCAAACUUGGACAGAAGCUACUUACAAUCAAAAGAUAGUAUAGAGAGGAAUAUUUUUAUUAAUUUGUUUUCCUCAUUUUUGUUGAGCCUGCGAUUAACAGCAAAAGUAGGCGAGACACUGGGUUCCGCGGAACCCUUACAAAUUUUUUGGUUAUAAUGUUCAUGUGAUAAAAAACCCACAAUUCACUGGCUUGAAGUUAAAUCUUCCAGGCCUCAUCUCUACCUUAGAGAGUUCAAAGAGCUCUAAGAACUACAAAUAUUCAAUUAUGAACAAAAGAAGACCUCUUCCAUUCAAAGUAUUUCCUAAUUACUCAUUUCAAUGUUAAAUAUUAAGUUCACAUUGCAAAGUGAAAGCAAUCUUUACCUUAAGUGCUCACAAGCACUUUGAUUUCUUAGACUUUCAGUGUAUUCAAUACAUAUUAUAUGACAGAGUAAAAAUGAAAAAAUGCCCACAUCUAUUAUUAAACGUAAUGGUAUUGGAUAACAACAAUUUGAAUUUUCUUCCAUUUUUUUUCUGUUAGAAACUAUAGUUAUAAGCAAAUCUGGCUGACCUAUUUUCCUGGUCUCUUUCCAAUCUCAACUGAUAUUUUAUGUUUGGAGAAUACAGUAUUUUUGAAUUAGAGGAAAGAUCAAAUAAUUCCCUUUGGAAACAUUAUUUACAAACUAAAAAAAGUCUUUUUAAUUUUUCUUUUUCUCAACAUGAGUUUGGAUUGUAAUUCCUUAUUAUGUGUAAACAAUAAUUUAUUCAUUAAGAGUUCUAAAUGAAUGCCUAAAAAUAAAAACUUGAAACACAUAAAAACAUUUUCGUUUCCAAAAUGAAUAUUAAGGGCCCUAUGAAUUUGUGAAACAACAGUAAAAACAAAACUAAUCAAAGAUACCAGGCUUAGAAUUUUUUAUAUCAGACAUGUGUUUUCCUCCUUUGCAAAUUUGAAUUUGACAUGAAUUUUGUCCUUGCAUUUAUCACACAUUAGUAUGUCGCAGUUUAAACAUUUCCAUUAAAAUUAAUAUGAACUAGGAAAGAAGAUUUAGCAGUUGCUUAAAUUUACCAUCAGAUUUUUAACAACAUUAAAUAUAUUGUUGUAAAUUGAGAUAUGAACUUUUCUGUAGUGUACCACAGUACAUCAAACAAAUAAAUAAUUACUCCAGCAAUCUAUACAUAUUUAUUUUGAACAAGAAAUGAAAAAUCUAAAACCUUAUUAUAACAUGUUUUAAGAAUUACUGAUCACUUAAGGUACCAGUAAAUAUUAACUAAAUGUAUAACAACUUAUUGAUAGGCCAAUCAUUUUUUUUAAAAAAAUUGCAAAAUAUAGAUAGUACAGUACAUAUAAGAUGAAUCAAAUUAAAACUCCUGUUGCUGGUAUUGACAGUGAACUAAAGGGAAACAGGGCAAUUGUCUGUUCAUUUUUUAUGUUUUUUACUUUGAUGUUAUAAGCCUCUCUUAUUUCUACAAACCCAUAACCAUUAUGGAAUUUCGAAAUGCAUAGUGUCAAUUUACUAAUCACACGAUGUGCAAAACAUUACAGCAGAUUGUCCUGCAUGUUCUCCACAUUUCAAAUUGGAAAAGUUCAGUGCUUUCCUAUGAAUGCCAACUUCUUUUAUAUGAAUAACUGUCUGGUCCUUUGCAAAUUUCAAUUUGACGUGAAUUUUGUCCUUGCAUUUAUCACACAUUAGUAUGUCACAGUUUAAACAUUUCCAUUAAUAUUGAUAUGAACUAGGAAAAAAGAUUUAGCAGUUGCUUAAAUUACCAUCAGAUUUUGAGCAGCAUUAAAUAUAUUGUUGUAAAUUGAAAUAUGAACUUUUUCUGAUAGCAAAUAGACUUUUGUGUAGUAUACCACAGUACAUCAAACAAAUAAAUAAUUACUCUAGCAAUCUGCACAUAUUUAUUUUGAACAAGAAAUGAAAAAUCUAAAACCUUAUUAUAACAUGUUUUAAGAAUUACUGAUCACUUACAGCCGAUUUCAUUGAGUGUGUAGGAAUAGGUAUUAUCUUUGGUUAGCUUGCUUGCUAGCUGAACCGUGAAGUCAUUAUUAGGUUACGUAAACUACCCUCCUUUAUGAGUAGACUAGUCCCACAGAUAACCAAUUCUAUCUGUCUGUCGGACUAGUCUACUCAUAAAGGAGGGUAGUUUACCUAAUUUAUAAUGACUUCACGGUUCAGCUAGCAAGCAAGCUAACCAAAGAUUUUACCUUUUCCUACACACUCAAUGAAAUUGGCUGUAAGGUACCAGAAAAUAUUAACUAAAUGUAUAACAACUUAUUGAUAGGCCUAUUAUUUCUUAAAAAAAAUUGCAAAAUAUAGAUAGUACAGUACAUAUAAGAUGAAUCAAAUUAAAACUCCUGUUGCUGGUGUUGACAGUGAACUACAGGGAAACAGGGCAAUUGUCUGUUCAUUUUUUUGUGUUUUUUACUUUGAUGUUAUAAGCCUCUCUUAUUUCUACAAACCCAUGACCAUUAUGGAAUUUCAAAAUGCACAGUGUCAACUAACUAAUCACACGACGUACAAAACGUAACAGCAGAUUGUCCUGCAUGUUCUCCACAUUUCAAAUUGGAAAAGUUCAGUGCUUCCCUAUGAAUGCCAACUUCUUUUAUAUGAAUAACUGUCUGGUCCUUUGCAAAUUUCAAUUUAACGUGAAUUUUGUCCUUGCAUUUAUCACACAUUAUUACGUCACAGUUUUAUCAAUUCUGUUUAAUUUAACAUGAACUUUGUUCUUGCAUUUAUCACACAUUAGUAUGUCACAGUUAAUACAUUUCCAUUUGAUUUUAUAUGAACUAGAAAAAGAAGAUUUAACAGAAAUUAUUGCAUGUAUUUAUUAUCGCAAUUUUUGAGGAAUGGACAAAAAUGCGAGAUGAAUUAUUGUGGUUUCAGGAAAAUCUACAUAAAAAAUAUGUAUAGGUUAUCAUAAACCAGUUCUCACUUGCAAUACUGACCUAUUUGAAUUAUACAAAUUAAUAAAAACCUUGCAAUAAUUUUUAAAUUUACAGUAUAUUUAUCAGUGUCUGUUUUCUAAGUUUGGAGUUUGAACUGUAAUGACAAAAUGCAGUCUUACUAAAUUAAUGAAAUACAUAAUGUGAGUUUCAUGGACAUGGAUGUAACAGUAUAUAGACUAACAUAAAUUUGUGUUAAUACUCAUGUAUGUAUGUAUUAAUAUUAAUUCAGAUUGUGAGUAUGCAUGUAACUUGCUUUCAGUCACAUUUCCAUGCAAAGGUAUUCUAAUUCCAAAAAAAACAUAUUCCAUUGCAUAGCACAGCAGACAUUGGACAUGGAAGGCAUGAAAGAACUGUUGUACUAAGAAAGAAUUGAAGUUUUUAUGUGUGUGCAGAAAUAAAGUGAUGGACAGUAUUUUAGAAAAAAUGAAACUUAUGGAGUGAUUAAUGUUCAUGAUUUUGACUGUAUCUUAUACCAUUGACAUCUAAACUAGUCCUAACUGAAAUAUAUAAAAGUCUGGUAAUUUUGAGUGAUUGAUGCCACCCCUGGUUGAUGUGUCUCUGAGGGUAUCACCAGUAAUCAGCGCUUUUAUUAGUGCUGACAUGAAAUAUCAUUGAUGUGUUCAUUUUCCGUAAAUUUAAUGUUUUAAAUAUGUUGAUUUUUUUUUUUGAAACACUGAAGUGUUUUCUAUCCCACAGGCAAAUAUAGCCGUGUUGAAGGCCGUACCUUGACCUAUAAUGGUUUAAUUUUAUAAAUUGUAACUUGGAUGGAGAGUUGUCUCAUUGGCACUCAUACCACAUCUUCCUAUAUCUAUUAAUUAUAUAAGUUGCAACUUUUUGAGAAUUUUGGGUUUUUAAUGCUUUCAAUUUCCUAUUUGAAUUGGCCUCACAACUUUUUAAUUUGAGUACCUCAGAUGAGUCUUGUAUAGACGAAAAGUGUGUCUGGAAAACCAAACUGUUAGCCUGGUAUCUUUGAUGAGUUUUUAUAAGUCAACACAUUUCAUUAAAUUUAAAUGUUCAAUAAACAGAUUCAUGGAAGAAAUUUCCACUCAGCAUUUUAAAGACGACAGUUUGGAGCAGUGUCAUUGAACAAUGUUUCAUGUUUCUUAGUGGCAUAGCAGAAUUAUAGAGACCAUCAUUGUUUUUAUUAUUACGAGAAAUAUUAAUGUCAGCAACCAUUCCCUUACCAAGUUUCAUAUGCAGAUAAUGCUUUUUGUUGAGCCUUGCUACAUUUAUCAUGUGAAAGCAAGACAUAAUGAUCCUAGAUUCUGUCGCUGGUGUCAACAUUUAGAGUCAGUCUGAUGUUAAAGUUUUUUUAGACAUCAAUAAAUUUGUAAAACCUUCAUGGAAUUUUAUGAAAUUUGGACAGAAGGUUGUUUAUGACCAAAAGACAAUAUCCAGAGCUAAAUUUUAAAAUAUUUAUCUUCACUUUUCCGUAUUUAACUGAUAAAUAGACUUAAUUUAUUUUACAGUUAACAUGGAGAUACAGUCUGGGGUUAGAGUUUGUUACACACCAAUGACUUUGUCAAGUCUUCAUAGAAUUUUAUGAAACUUUGGAAGAAGCUUUUUUUAUAAUUAAUAGUAUGACUGAAGCAAACUUUUUAAAAUAUAUUUUUUUCAUUUUCAGUAUUUUUCUGAUAGAUGGACUUAGUUUUUUACAAUUAGCAUUCACACAGUCUGGGAUUAAUUUUUUUUUUCAUGAUAAAUUUGUAAAUCUUCAUGGAUUGUUAUAAAACUUGGAUUGAAUUUUUUUUUUAUAAUUCUGUAAUUUACUGAUAAAUGGACUCGUUUUUU